CAGAAAGAAAUCUCCGGCGCGAGGGAGAGUUGAGACUCCAAACGGUCCUCGACAAGUCAACAAGUCCAUUCAAAGACUUCAAAAUCAAAGGGACACACAGAGUCAGAUCCGGAGGUAAGGUAUUUUGGGAAGCUGGUGGGGGUGAGGAAUGGAGGAAGAAGGCGUUUCGAAACCACUGGCGGUGGUGGUGUGCGCCGCCAUGGCCGUGUUCUACGUGGCGAUUCUGUACGCUCCCACUUUGAUCCUUCGUCUCUCUCCUCCUUCUUCCUCGAAUGACUUCCUGAUUCGACGUUUCCUAUGCGCCGUCGUUUCGUCUGUUGUAUCUAUCAUCAUCUGCGCUCUCAUUCUACCCGUGAGAAGCAGUGAGGCGUCAUAUUUAUUUGGUGUUUAUGGCAUCCGAGCGGACCAUAUUUGGCAAGCUGUGGUAUUUCCUCUCUCGUUGACCAGUCUAAUGUAUGCUGGAUCCUUGGUCCUCAAGUCUCUGUUAUUGAUAGAUUCAUGGAGUGAUUACGUAAAUUCGAGUGGAGGUUUUUCAUUUGGAUGCAUCAAAACUGUGUUGCAAAGCGUCCUUGAAUGGGGGCUUUCAGCCGCUUCCAAUAUAUUGGCUUGGCGUACUUUUGUUGUGGCCCCUCUUACCGAGGAGUUGGUGUUUAGAGCAUGUAUGAUACCAUUACUUCUCUGUGGAGGUUUCAAAACAACCACCAUCAUUUUUCUAUGCCCCAUUUUCUUCAGCUUAGCUCACUUAAACCAUCUAGCGGAGGUCUACAGCAGGGAAAACUUCAACUUGAUUAAAGCUAUCAUGGUUAUAGGUGUUCAGCUUGGUUACACUGUGAUAUUUGGCUCAUAUGCAUCUUUUCUCUUCGUUCGAACUGGACAUCUACUUGCUCCAUUAGUUGCUCAUAUAUUUUGCAAUUUUAUGGGAUUGCCCGUGCUUUUCUCAUCGCGUAAAGGGAUAGUAAGCUUGGCAUUUAUAGUCGGAGUGCUUGGUUUCCUGUGGCUUCUCUUUCCAAUGACACGCCCGGAGCUGUAUAAUAAUAGAACAAACAAUUGCAGAUGUUGGCAUGGUUAUUGUUCUUGGAGCUGAAGCAGUCAAAUCUUGAGUAGAAUUAGGGUGGUUGUAACAAAAAAAUAUAUCUUUUGUAGAACUAUUUUAAUAUAAAGCGCACUUCGUUUCUUCCGCUAACGAACAGGUCCUCUAUGCCUAUUCCUCCAACAAUCGACAAAAAGAAAAAGUUUUUAUCCCAAA